UUUGUUCGGUUUACAGAUCUUUUCAUUUUCAUCAUCAUCAGAUUUAUUGAAAAAAGAAAAAAUAUGGCUGAGCUAACUAGAAUAGGCCUUGCCGGGCUUGCUGUUAUGGGUCAAAAUCUGGCCCUCAACAUUGCUGAGAAAGGGUUUCCGAUUUCUGUUUACAAUCGUAGUACUGUCAAGGUUGAUGAGACUGUUGAGAGGGCUAAAAAGGAAGGGAAUCUUCCUGUUUAUGGCUUCCAUGAUCCUGAAUCAUUUGUUAAAUCAAUCCAAAAACCUCGGAUGAUUAUCAUGCUUGUCAAGGCUGGGGCACCUGUUGACCAAACAAUCAAAACGUUGUCUCAAUAUAUGGAGAAAGGUGAUUGCAUCAUAGAUGGUGGCAAUGAGUGGUAUGAGAACACCGAGAGAAGAGAGAAAGCCAUGGCUGAAAUAGGCCUCCUCUACCUUGGAAUGGGUGUUUCCGGUGGUGAAGAGGGUGCAAGAAACGGACCAUCUAUGAUGCCCGGAGGAUCCAUUGAGGCUUACAAGUACAUUGAGGACAUUGUUCUCAAGGUAGCCGCUCAAGUACCCGACAGUGGUCCAUGUGUGACAUAUAUUGGUGAAGGUGGUUCAGGCAACUUUGUCAAGAUGGUUCACAACGGAAUCGAGUAUGGUGACAUGCAGCUGAUUUCAGAGGCUUACGAUGUGCUAAAGUCUGUUGGAAAGCUCUCGAAUGAGGAACUACGUGAAGUAUUCUCAGAAUGGAACAAAGGAGAGCUUCAAAGCUUUUUAAUUGAGAUCACUGCUGACAUAUUUGGCAUCAAGGAUGAUAAGGCAGACGGUUAUUUAGUCGACAAAGUGUUGGAUAAAACUGGCAUGAAGGGUACAGGCAAGUGGACAGUUCAACAAGCUGCUGAUCUAUCAAUUGCUGCUCCAACAAUUGCAGCAUCCUUAGAUUCACGUUUCCUUAGUGGUUUGAAGGACGAACGUGUAGAAGCUGCAAAACUCUUUAAAUCUAGUGGGUUUGGUGACAUCUUAGCAGAUCAAUCAGUUGAUAAGGAACAAUUAAUUACUGAUGUUAGGCAAGCUCUAUAUGCCGCAAAAAUUUGUAGUUAUGCACAGGGGAUGAACUUGAUACGUGCCAAGAGCGUUGAAAAAGGAUGGGGUCUGAAGUUAGGUGAGUUGGCUAGAAUUUGGAAGGGUGGGUGUAUCAUUAGAGCCAUAUUCUUGGACCGCAUCAAGCAGGCUUAUGACAGGAACCCAGACUUGGCCAAUCUCUUGGUGGACCCUGAGUUUGCCAAAGAAAUGGUGGAACGUCAGUCUGCUUGGAGAAGAGUUGUAUGUUUGGCUAUUAAUUCAGGCAUCAGUACUCCCGGUAUGUCAACUAGUCUUGCCUAUUUUGACACUUACCGGAGAGAGAGGUUGCCUGCUAAUUUGGUCCAAGCUCAAAGAGAUUACUUUGGCGCCCAUACAUACGAAAGGACUGAUAUGCCUGGUUCCUUCCACACUGAAUGGUUUAAACUUGCUAAGCAGGCAAACUAAGUUUCCCCAGGUGAUAUCUAUCUUGUGCUUUUAAUAUUGAAACUACAAUAAUUGUAUUGUUUAAUAUUCAUCCAAUAAUUUGCUUGUUUAUUGUGUUGGGUGAAGUUUAUUUGUAAUUUUCUAUUUUUAUGUUGUCUUUUGUCUCUUGAGUAGAUUUUGUACUUUCUCCAGAAUAUGAAUAAUAUCAAUGAUCAUAUCAUGAAUCAUGUAUA